UUUCCUUUCUGUGUGGCUGGGCCCUUCAUGGAUUACAAUCUGGUCAUUUAAAUCCUGCCUAGCAACAACUAACUGUAGACCAAAAGGACCCUUAAACUUAACCUAAAACAAUUGGAAGGAAAACAUGGUAGGACUUAAACCCUCAGAUGUUCCGCCUCCUCUGGGAGUGAAGAUGGCGAGUGCUGGAGCUGCAGCCUGUAUAGCUGACAUUGUCACAUUUCCUCUGGACACAGCCAAAGUCAGAUUACAGAUUCAGGGUGAGAAGAAAGCAGUGGAAGGCAUCAGAUACAAAGGGGUGUUCGGGACCAUCACCACCAUGAUCCGAACAGAGGGGCCUAAGUCCUUGUAUAACGGGCUGGUGGCUGGCCUGCAGAGACAGCUGUGCUUCGCCUCUAUCAGAAUCGGCCUCUAUGACAACGUCAAAAACUUCUACACUGGUGGCAAAGACAACCCCGGUGUGCUGGUACGGAUCCUGGCAGGUUGCACAACAGGUGCUAUGGCAGUAUCCUUUGCUCAACCCACUGAUGUGGUCAAGGUUCGAUUCCAAGCACAGAUGAACCUGGAUGGUGUGGCUCGUCGCUACAGUGGCACUAUGCAAGCCUACAAGCACAUCUUCCAGAACGAAGGCAUGCGUGGGCUCUGGAAAGGAACACUGCCCAACAUCACAAGGAACGCACUGGUCAACUGCACAGAGCUGGUUACAUAUGACCUGAUCAAGGAGGCCAUUCUUAGACAUAACCUCAUGUCAGACAAUCUUCCAUGCCACUUUGUGUCUGCAUUUGGUGCUGGCUUUGUUACCACGGUUAUUGCUUCCCCAGUGGAUGUGGUGAAAACAAGGUACAUGAAUUCACCACCAGGCCAGUACAAGAGUGCCAUCAACUGUGCGUGGACCAUGAUGACCAAAGAGGGACCAACAGCAUUCUACAAAGGAUUUGUGCCUUCGUUUCUGAGGUUGGGAUCAUGGAAUGUUGUGAUGUUUGUCUCAUUUGAGCAAAUCAAGAGGGCGAUGAUGGUCACAAAAAAGAGGAUCGAAGCCACAAACUGAGAUAACUGCUGUUAAAGUCUGACUGUGGAACUUGAAACCAGCAGAGCUGGAACGUAGAUGAGAGAACUUAAGUGUGUAAUCUCAUUUUGGCUUUGUUCCAACAUUUAUUUUGCCCUGUGGCAACAAAGGAGGAAAAACUCUCCUUGUAAACAGAGUAUUAUAUUUAACUUUAUGUGUAUAAAAACACACAGUUCUCCUUAAAUAUUUAUAACCUGUCACACUGAGUCUGGUGCUGCCAAUCCAAUGCUAAGGAUGUAAAUCUAAAAUUUGUAGAUAUGCAUGCCAGGCAGUUUACAGCAGUGCACAUCUGCAUAUGGGG